UAGACCUUCGUUUUGGAAAACAAAAUGGCGGUGAGUUGGUAUACCAGUCUAUUUAUAUCACGGUUUUAAGUUACGAAACGAUAAUUAAAACCGGGAAAGUUCCUUGAGUCCGCCAAAUUGUCGACAUAAUGUUUGUUAGUGUUGUCUAGAUCGUUAUUAAUAAUUUAAAAUAUGGUAAAGUUAUACUGCAUCAGUGUUCUUUACAAAGGACCAACGAGCGCGACAUGGUUGAAAUCGGCCUUUGAUCUGCAAAGUUUCAGUUUUUUCCAGCGGGGUUCAGUGGAAGAGUUUAUGACGUUUUUUUGUAAAACCAUAGUAGAGAGAACAAUUCCAGCGUCUCGACAGUCGGUGAAGGAAGGAGAGUAUAUGUGUCAUGUUUAUGUUAGGGCGGAUAACUUAGCCGGAGUGGUGAUCUCAGACCACGAGUAUCCAACCAGGGUUUCACAUACACUAAUCACCAAAAUCUUAGAUGAAUUUAGUCAGAAAAUUCCAGCCGCAAACUGGCCCAACUUAGCAGAGCGGGACGUAGCUUUUCCACAAUUAAACGGUUACUUAGCUAAAUACCAAAAUCCGAGAGAGGCGGACGCUAUGACCAAAAUACAGGAGGACCUUGAUGAAACGAAGAUAAUUUUACACAAUGCCAUUGAAAGUGUUCUUCAAAGAGGCGAGAAGCUCGACGACCUGGUGUCAAAAUCCGAAGGCUUGAGCAUGCAGUCAAAGGCAUUCUAUAAAACUGCCCGGAAAACGAACAGCUGUUGCACUUUCAGUUAAACUCGCAUUCCUUAUUUAGCCCAAUGUUCAUAUAAAAAAUUAACCUCUUCAAAAGUUUGGAUGUUCAUAUAUUAAUCGCUGUAUGUUGGAUGUAUGUUAUAUUUAUGACAAUAAAUGUAAAAUAUAUACAAGGAAUAAACAUGUUAAGAUGCAA